AUGAAUAAUAAAAAGGUUUUAGAGUUAGUAUCAAAAAUAUUAAUCUUUAAAACAGAUAAUUGUUAACAUAAAUACUCAUGUAUUAGAAAUACAUUCUAGGGUGCUAGUGAAGCAUUUAUUAAAGCAUUUAUUGCAAAAUUAUGUUUAAAUGGAUUGAUGUUAUUAUUAAGUUUGAAGAAGGUUAUGAAAUCUGAUAAGAAAUUAUUAAAUGCGUUUAAAAUCCUUUUAAAUAAGUAUAAUAUAAUAAUUAUAAAGAACUAAUUUCUAACUUGGAUUGUUUAUGGGAUUAUAGACAUUCUUACUUAAAUCAAUUUAAUGUUCAUUAAGGAUUAUUAGAAAUAAAGAAGAUGGAAUUAAUGCACUUGUUUCUGGAUUUAUUGCUGGAGGUUUAAGUUUUAUGACUUAGGAAGAAAAUGUUAAAUACUUAGUCAGAGUUUAUUUAUUCGGUAGAGCUGUUGAUUGCAUCUAUUAAUCAUAAGUAGAAAAGUAUUAAAUCUCUAUAUAUUUUAUAGAGGACGAUUCAAACAUAGAAAAAUUAUACCUGUUCUAAUCUUUGCUCUUAUGUCCACUUUAAUUUCCUUUGCAUUCUUCUUUGAACCUGAGCUUCUACCAUUAGAUACAUAUAAAAUGUAUUAGAAUUUUUCAGGUGCUGAAAUGAAUGAUUCAUUAUGGCAUAUGUGUAAUGUUUAAGCUUGGAGAAAUAAAAUUGAUGCAGCUAAAUCCUAAUGA